CGGGGGCGCGAGUCUUAGCGCUGAACCAAACCUCGCCCCAGUCUCACCACGUUUAUCAAUAAUCGCCAGAUCUCCGCCAACCCCAGCCCUUUUAACCUGUCGACCCUACUGCUGGUCGCUCGACUCACCAUCGCUAGAAUCCUGAUCGGAAAUUCCAUGGAAUAGAAAACAUCAGGGUUUCCCUGUUUUUUAUUGCCCCGACCAACGCCCCUCUUACGGGAAACGCAUCACCAGAUAAGCCAAUCGCCGGAGGGGAAAAGACAAAAACAACCUUUCAUCUCUUCACCCCUUCCACGGGUGCUCGAUAACCAUGCCGUCGGCUACAGCGUCUGGCGCUGACACUGGUGGCUCUGCCAAAUCCCGUGACCACAACCAAGGCAGUCAGGACCGCAAAUAUACACCAGACCAGAAGGCGGCCGUGCUCCGGAUACGAAAAUGCAGUGCGACGGCGUUCUACGAGAUCCUAUCGGUGGAGAAGACAGCGACGGACGGCGAAAUCAAGAAGGCAUACAGGAAAUUGAGUUUGGUGACGCACCCCGAUAAGAACGGGUAUGAGGGGGCGGACGAGGCUUUCAAAAUGGUCUCUCGUGCUUUUCAGGUGUUGUCGGAUUCUGAAAAGAGGUCCAAGUAUGAUAAGUUUGGUGGUGAUCCAGAUAGCAGGUUCCAGCCGAGCGCUGGCCCGGCCGGUGCGUCGCCUUUCGGCGGUGGAUUCGGUGGAGGUGGUUUCCCUCGAGGAGGUGCGGCGUUCGACGACGAGAUAUCCCCUGAAGAGUUGUUCAAUCGGUUCUUUAACGGUGGUCUCGGCGGUGGGUUUGGUCCAUUUGGUGGCCCACAAUUCGUUUUCAACAUGGGAGGCGGCCCUGGAUUUAGAGUUCAUCAAUUUGGGGGUGCUCGGCCGCGAAGACGGCCUCGCGAGGCCGAUGCACAAUCUGAGCCCACACCCUCGUUAAGUGCUACAUUCCGACAGCUCUUGCCUCUUAUCCUCCUCUUCGUCCUCCCAUUACUCUCUUCCCUCUUCUCUGGCAGCGCUACUUCCUCCGCGCCGCAAUAUCGAUUCGACCCCGUACCUCCUCAUACUAUGAAACGAACAACGCCAGACAUUCAAAUAGAUUACUUCCUGAACCCGAAAGACGUCUCCGAUUUCAGCUCUCGUGAAUUUCGUAACAUGGACAAGAAGGUGGAGGUAGACCAUGUUAACAAGCUCAGAUUUGAGUGUGACAGCGAAAUUCACGCUCGCGAGAGAAUGAUCCAGGACGCCCAGGGCUGGUUCUUCCCAGAUGUAGAGAAGAUGAAAGCAGCCAGAGCGAUGGAGCUGAAGAGUUGUCAGCAAUUCGAGAAACUUACGAAGCUGAGGAGAAGGUAUUGAAUGAUAUGAGAUGUGCUGCUCUCCUACACUGAUGUUAUCCUACCCCUAAAUGUAAUUUUUUUUUUUUCUCUCUCUGGUUUCCCGAGCUGGAUCAUUACUACUUUGUGCC